GAUAAACUCCCACCACCGGGUCGCAGGGGUCUUUCUUCUUGUAUACUAACCUCCAGGUCUCUAUCUAGAAAGUCGCCAUGGGUCGCGUGAUCCGCAACCAGAGGAAGGGUCGUGGAUCCAUUUUCACGGCCAACACCCGUCUCAACAAGACCCCUGCUCAGUUCCGUGUCCUUGACUUUGCUGAGCGCCAUGGAUACACCCGGGGUGUUGUGAAGGAGAUCAUCCACGACCCCGGCCGUGGUGCUCCUCUCGCUAAGGUCCAGUUCCGUCACCCUUACAAGUUCAAGCACGUUACCGAGACCUUCAUCGCCAACGAGGGCAUGUACACUGGCCAGUUCAUCUACGCCGGAAAGAACGCCGCCCUGACUGUCGGCAACGUCCUCCCUCUUGCCUCCGUUCCUGAGGGUACCGUCGUCACCAACGUCGAGGAGAAGUCUGGUGACCGUGGUGCUCUUGGUCGUACCUCUGGUAACUACGUUACCGUCAUUGGCCACAACCCUGAGGAUGGCAAGACCAGAAUCAAGCUUCCUAGCGGUGCUAAGAAGGUUGUGAAGAGCACCUCUCGUGGUAUGGUCGGUAUCGUUGCUGGUGGUGGUCGUACCGACAAGCCUUUGCUCAAGGCUUCUCGUGCCAAGCACAAGUUCGCUGUCAAGCGCAACUCCUGGCCCAAGACUCGUGGUGUUGCCAUGAACCCCGUUGAUCACCCUCACGGUGGUGGUAACCACCAGCACAUUGGUAAGGCUUCUACCAUCUCCCGCUACGCCGCCCAGGGUCAAAAAGCCGGUCUUAUCGCUGCCCGGAGAACCGGUCUGCUCCGUGGUACCCAGAAGACCAAGGAGUAAGGGUAUUAUGGUGUGGAGUUUUUUUGUUUGUGACGGGUUCAAAAUGCUCUUUUGCUAUGAGGCACAUGUACUUAGGCGACUGCGGAUAACCUACCACGCGUCCUUAGCGAAAUAUGGUUGUGGCCAACAAUUUCAUUGAUGAUUAAAACAAAAAAGAGGGGGCCAGAAAUCGAGUCUCUACGUGCAUCUCAAAGCAUUUGCCAAAAAACGUUAAGACCAAAAAAUGAAGAAUAUUUCCUUGUUUGUUCA